UAUUUCGUCAUUAGCCAGUUCCUCUAAUCAUGCCGUCUUGAAAUGAGGCCUAAGAUUUCGACAAAGACGAACAGCUCGACAGACAGUCUGGCACCACUGUCCGUCCCUUCAUCGGCCUCCCAGAAAACCCAUCCCAGGCAGACAAGUCCACAGAGAGAGGAACGGCUCAAAAUGACUAAAACUUUCUGUACCUAAUCCUCAAGACAAUUGAAAAAAAAAUGAAGAUCUCCCACCUAAGCUGCAAAUAAGAAUAUUUGGAGUUGUCCAAAUUAUUAAAAGUUCUUCAAAGAUAGGAGACGCAAGGGACGGGCCGGAGGCAGGAAGGGGAGGAAGGGAGUGAGAGAAGAGGGAAGGAAGGAAGCAGGAGAAGGCGGGAGGCUGGGAAGGGGAAGCUCAGCUGGAGAAGAAACUCUGCCCUUCUCCAUGAGUCAGGGGGAGCUGAGCAGAGCGCAUCACGAUGGCGUCACGAAGCUAUCUCAGAUCUGUGGAGAAAAUGCCCUUUAGAGCGGAAGGAUCUUCAGUUCUCCUGUGCUAGGACGUCUUCUUGCCCUUUCUUUCCUCCUAAGCUUGGACGCCAUGACAACGGUCCGCUGACCCAGCAAACACAACCCCCUGCAGAUCGCGCUGGCGGCUGGUGGAAGGGAGCGGCUGUUUUGGCUGUUGGAGAUGCGGAGAGCCCCCCGGCCAGCUCUUCCCUGUGGCAGCGAGAGCCUGCAGCGCAGCUGGGAGAAAGCCUACCAGGAUCACAGGAGAAAGGUCCAGGACGCCCAGCCCCUCGUGGACGCCCGCGCCCCCUGGAGCCUCAGCCACCUCCGCCUGAAACUCAAGAAGCUGAAGCUGGAGGAGGCGCGGCUUGCCACCAUCGACAGGGACAACCGCCUGCUCCUGGAGAAGCUGUCCUGCAUCAUGAGGACCGGGGGACGGACCGAGAGCGGAAACCACCACGCGCACAAGAGGACAGGAUCCUGCAGGGAGAGCCCCCCACCUGCUGCCUGGAUUCUCUUUGAAAAACGCAAGUCCCAGCCAGCCUGCAGGUCACCCCACACCAUCGAGUGGCUUCCCCCUCCUCCUCCUCGCCUGCCUGAUAUGUCACACUCAGGAAAUGGGGGAAGAAGGAGGGAAAAGGGAGCAGAAGUGAUCCUGGGGCGGGGCCAGCCAGUCAGAGGGCACAGGAAGUGCCUGAGCUUGAACAAGGGGCCAGACAGAGCCAGACUUCCGGAAACAUAAAAGGGAUGUGAGGGCCAGAGGGGGCUGCGAAGCCGACCAGCUCCUCCCACACCAGGACACCGUCUUCACAGGCCCUGCAAGCGACAUGCCACCUCCUUCACCUGCUUGGAUUUUAAAGCAAAGACCCCCUUGUGCCUUUCUAUGCACUUCUCUUUGUUCAACUCUGGGCCAUAUGUCGAGAACAGAAUGUGGUCACUUUGCAUGUUCAGACUCAGGAUCAGUUCAGCAUCACUCCUGUGUUGAAGCAGAGAGCACCGAGCUAAUCACACGGUAACAGUAGAAAUGACAUGUCUCCUUGCGAUUAGUUUAACGAAGCCCCAGCAAGAAUGGAAGUCAAUGAUUUUUGUCAAGAAUGCAUCAGUGGGGACGCGGGGUGGGGGGGCACCUGUGUGGCUCAGUGGGUUAAGCAACUGCCUUCAACUCAGGUCAUGAUCCUGGAGUCCUG